UCAAAAUGGCGAUAGAACAUAAGCGCUAAUUCAUGAACUGUCUCAGCUACAGUCGGUACAAAUUAGUUGUUUAGAUCAAAAGAUGGACACGAACAGAGAAGAUGUAGUGUUGGAAAAUUAUUGUUGUUGUCAACAUUGAUAUUGUGUAGUCGUUUCAAUUGUUGCUUAAACUUUGAAGGAAGGGGACAACUUUACACAGCCAUGGCAGAGGAACGGCGGCAGAAGCAGUUCUCGAUCGUCCUGCCUACUGAGUCGAUGAAGGCCAUAGCAGAGUCUGUCGGAGUUGGACAGUUACAGGAGGAAAGCUGCGUUGCCCUAAGUGAGGAAGUCAGCUACAGAAUAAAAGAAAUUGCACAGGAUGCUCUGAAAUUCAUGCAUCAUGGGAAGAGACGUAAAUUAACCACCAGUGACAUAGACAAUGCUUUAAAACUGAAAAAUGUGGAGCCUUUGUAUGGUUUCCAGUCCCAAGAGUUUAUCCCUUUUCGCUUUGCAAGUGGUGGUGGAAGAGAGCUUCAUUUCUAUGAAGAAAAAGAGGUUGACCUUAGUGACAUUAUUAACACACCGCUCCCCAGAGUACCACUAGAUGUCUCUCUCAAAGCCCACUGGUUAAGUAUUGAAGGGGUUCAGCCUUCAAUUCCAGAAAAUCCACCACCAGCAACAAAAGAGCAACAAAAGACUGAAUCCACAGAGCCUCUUAAAGUUGUCAAACCUGGUCAGGAGGAAGAGGGUACAAUUCAAGGCAAGGGCCAGGGUGCAGCAGCUCCUGAUGGCAAAGGAAAGGAGAAGGGUCUCAUCAGGUUAAAACCGCGCAGCACCCAUGAGCUCUCUGUAGAACAGCAACUUUAUUACAAGGAAAUCACAGAAGCAUGUGUAGGCUCCUGUGAAGCUAAGAGAGCAGAAGCCCUACAGAGUAUUGCUACUGAUCCAGGACUGUAUCAGAUGCUUCCCAGAUUCAGCACAUUUAUUUCUGAAGGAGUUCGUGUUAAUGUGGUGCAAAACAACCUGGCUUUGCUGAUAUAUCUCAUGCGGAUGGUCAAAGCUCUUAUGGACAACCCCACUCUGUAUUUGGAAAAAUAUCUGCAUGAGCUCAUCCCGGCAGUGGUCACCUGUAUUGUGAGUAAGCAGCUCUGUUUAAGACCAGAUGUUGACAACCACUGGGCUUUACGAGACUUUGCUGCUCGUCUGAUGGCCCAAAGCUGUAAAACCUUCAGUACUACAACCAACAACAUCCAGUCCCGAAUCACCAAGACUUUUACUAAGAGUUGGUUGGAUGACAAAACUCAGUGGACGACGCGGUAUGGCUGCAUCGCAGGGCUUGCUGAACUGGGAUCUGAUGUGAUAAAGACACUGAUCCUUCCUCGGCUUACUGUAGAGGGUGCUCGCAUCAAAGCAGUGAUGGAAGGACCUGUGGUCUCCAAUAUCGACAAGAUAGGAGCUGAACAUGUUCAAAGCCUUUUACUGAAACACUGUGCCAGUGUUAUUGCCAAAAUACGACCCCAGCCGGACAACGUGGAGCAGUAUCGUACCGACUAUGGCUACCUUGGACCCAUGCUGUGUUCUCAUGUAGUGAAGGCUAGAACUCAAGCAGCAUUGCAAGCUCAGCAAGUCAACAGAACCACAUUAACAAUCACUCAGCCUCGGCCCACCCUUUCAGUCUCACAAAGUGGAUUAAGUGGGUCGGGAGGGCCUCGCACUCCCAGCAUCAUUAAGGUUCCAAGCUCCCUUACCCUCAUGUCCCCGAGACCUGGAACCCCAUCACAGCCGUCUCCCCCCGCAACAAAAUAUAUCGUAAUGGGAACCAGUGCAGGAGCUGCCUCAACUCAGCAGGUAAUCACUCUUAGCUCUUCACAGUCAGCUUCACCAGUAACUAGCACUGUUCCCAGCGCAACUUCAACAUUGCAACCAUUGGUAAAACUGGAGUCUGGCAGUGGUCCUGGACUUACGACUUCACGCCCUCUGCAGAAGUACAUAGUUGUAUCUCUACCCUCAUCUGCCUCCUCCUCCUUGGAGUCUAAGAGCUCCGUGCUUCCGACCUCCAUUUCUUCAAAUCCACUAGAGACUGGGAUGAAGCUAGAGAGGUCUGAGUCUCCUGGAGCGAGCACACAGUCACCACACUGAUACUUGUAUAGGUAGUGAAGAUACUUAUGAUGUUGGAGCAGCUGUACACACAACAGGAUUUGUCUGGGCUGAGCCUAAAAAGGUAACGUCUGCAAAAGAAGAAGAAUAUUUGAAGAAGAAUAUGUGAACUCAUUACCGAUAACGAGCAAGUGUGACCAGACUCUGUAAAUACCGUAAAAGUCCAUUGAAACCCGAUAAUUGUUUGAGAUACUCAGUGUUUCAUCUUAUUUUCUGAUUUCAUGUUCUUUUUUUACCCUAAAAUAAAUCUGAUUUUGUACAAAAUGUCUCUGUGUUU